GAGAGAGAGGAGGACGGAUGCAAGGCGAGGCUAGGAGAGAGGAGACCGUUUCUCUCCUGCUUUUCCAGCUGUUUUCUUUGUGCUUUUUAGAUUUGUUUUAUAAAAGCAUAUUUUUUCUCUCUCUUUUAUUAAUAAUAAAAAAAACGUGACAGAUCUCACAUCCUUCCUGAUGUGUCUCGAUUCAUCACCAUCGGUCCAGGAUGCUGGAAGAGGCUCCUGUCGCGUCGAUGUUUUUCACCAUUAAAACUAAAAGGAUGUACUCGAUGAACAUCGGACACAUGCAGAGCGACAGCUGCCUGGCACGGUGAAGAGGAAAGAGGAGGAGGAGGUGGAGGAGAGGCAUCGACGGAUUGGUGUAAUAAUUUGCGCCUAAUCACUGUUUGCGGCGGCUGAUCGUGCGCUAAUUUUUUGCCCCGUUCCCCAUUCAUCCAUCCAGCUCUCCCAGAGCACCAAGGCCUUCACAGCCCCGCAUUAUCUCUGGACAUGAAACCCGUGGGAAUUAUGAUACCGACGUGACGCACAGUCACACACAUCCACACAGAGAGAGGGUGUGAGGUCCAGUAGAGCGCACUGAUCACAGAGGGGAGGACGCCCAGUUGUUGUUUGACAAAACGCGCUAAUGACUGUUAUUUAGAUCCAGGCGGAUUGGGCCCAGCAAUUUCCCUUUUCAUUUUUUAUUACUAUUUUUUUAUGCACCGGAGCAAGUGGAGCGGGAGGCGGGUAGGAGGGUACAGCGGAUGAGGGAGCAGAGGGACGGGAUGCGGGAGACGCAGUGAGCGCGGAGGAGGAGGAGGAGGAGGAAGAAGGAACCAGGAGGAUUGACGGGUCUCAAAUUGCAGCUGGUGGUGUGAAGUCCUAACUCUUCCUGCUCAGCAUGGCUAUGUCUCUGUGGUGUAUGGCAGUGGGUGUGCUAACUCUGGCUCAAGUCACCCCCUCUGGUCAAGCCAUGUCUCGAGCCGCCAUGCCGUUUGGGCUGCUGCGCAGGGAGCUGGCAUGCGAGGGUUAUCCCAUAGAGCUACGCUGCCCAGGAAGUGAUGUGGUGAUGGUGGAGACAGCCAAUUAUGGACGCACUGAUGACAAGAUCUGUGACGCAGACCCCUUCCAGAUGGAGAACACGCAGUGUUACCUUCCUGAUGCACUAAAGAUUAUGUCCCAGAGAUGUAACAACCGAACUCAGUGUGUGGUGGUCGCGGGGGUUGAUGUCUUCCCGGACCCCUGCCCCGGAACGUACAAGUACCUGGAGAUCCAGUACGAGUGUGUUCCUUAUAAAGUGGACCAAAAAGUUUUCGUGUGCCCGGGCUCGCUGCUCAGCAUCCAGCCGGACUCCUCUCUCCUGGAGGCAGAGCAUCAGUCCGGGGCCUGGUGUAAAGAUCCCCUACAAGCAGGCGACAGGCUCUACGUCAUGCCAUGGACGCCUUACAGAACAGAGGUCCUGUAUGAGUACGCCUCGUGGGAUGACCUCCGUCAGAACAGAGUUACAACUACCUACAAGUUGCCGAGUCGUGUGGACGGUACAGGUUUUGUGGUGUAUGACGGAGCUGUGUUUUACAACAAAGAGCGAACGCGCAACCUUGUCAAAUAUGACCUACGCACUCGCAUCAAGAGCGGCGAGGCAGUGGUGGUCAACGCCAAUUACCAUGACACCUCUCCUUACCGCUGGGGAGGGAAGUCGGACAUUGAUCUGGCAGUGGACGAGAACGGGCUUUGGGUAAUCUACUCUACCGAAGCCAAUAAUGGACGCAUCGUGGUCAGCCAGGUGAACCCAUACACCCUGCGCUUUGAGGGCACCUGGGCCACAGGCUUUGACAAGCGUGGAGCGAGUAACGCCUUCAUGGCCUGUGGCGUGCUCUACGCCGUGCGCUCCGUCUUUCAGGACGACGAGGGCCAAGCGGACAGCCGAGCCAGCAGCAACAUGGUGGUGUAUGCCUAUGACACCAGCCGGGGACAGGAGCUGCCUGUUCAGAUACCAUUCCCCAACCCUUACCAGUACAUCUCCUCCAUCGAUUACAACCCCAGAGACAACCAGCUAUAUGUGUGGAAUAACUACUACAUGCUGAGAUACCCUCUGAGCUUCACACCACCGCCACCAACUAAAGGUCCCCUAUCUUCUUUGAUGACCACGGUGCGGUCCUACACAGCUACGGUGGCGUUGACCCCAGUGCGGCCAUCAGCCUCACACCCCAUCGGCGUCAUCAACAGGGGGCCGAUCACAGCCAUGGUUCCGCUGACCCCACGCCCUCCUCUGCGGGUUCCCUUGGCCCCAGGUGGGCCUGGUCAGGUGGGAGGAUGCGAGGGCCGGGUGGCACGAGGAGUUCAGUGGCCCCCAACCCUAAAGGGAGAGACAGUUGAGCGGCCCUGUCCUAAAGGCUCCCUGGGAAUCGCUUCCUAUCAGUGCAUGUCAUCUCCGGUGGGUUGGAACUCCCGUGGGCCUGACCUUUCCAACUGCACCUCUCCCUGGGUCAGCCAAAUCGCACAGAAGAUCAAGAGCGGAGAGAAUGCGGCCAACAUCGCCGGGGAGCUGGUCAACCUGACCCGGGGACGGACCUACGCUGGUGACAUCAGCAUGUCCGUCAGGCUAAUUGAACAGCUGCUGGACAUACUGGACUCUCAGCUCCAGGCCCUGAGACCAGCCAAUAAAGAGUCCGCUGCACGCAAUUACAACAAGUUGCAGAAGAGAGAGAAGACGUGCAAAGCAUAUGUUCAGGCUGUGGUUCAGAUAGCUGAUAACUUGCUGGGCCCUGAAGCCCUGGUGUCUUGGGCCGAUAUGAGCAACCUUGACCAGUCCCGCUCUGCGUCGCUGCUGUUGGAUGCGGUUGAGAAAGGAGCAUUUCUGUUGGCGAAUAAUCUCUACGAAGGCCGAUUCAGUGACAGGGCGCCUAAUGUCGAUCUGGAAGUGUACGUUCUAAAUACUGAGGCCGACAUACAGGACUUGACAUUUCCUCACUCCUAUGACAGCGACAGCAUCCUGCAGAUAUCAGCCCAGGCCCUGCAGCAGUACAGCAACAAUGGUCAGGUGAAGCUAGUUCUCUCCCUCUUCAAGAACCUUGGCCCCUUCCUCACCACCCAGAACUCAACUUUGCGACUAGGACUAGGACUUGCUCAAGGCCAAGAGCCGAGUCGCAGAAGCCUGGUAGUCAACUCCCACGUCAUUUCUGCUUCGGUGCACAGAGGAACCAACCGAGUGUACCUCACCGAGCCUGUGAUCUUCACUCUCAGACAUCUUCAGCUGGAAAAUCACUUUGGUCCCAACUGCUCUUUCUGGAACGCCUCGGGGGUUUCUGGGAGCGGCAGGUGGUCCACGCAGGGCUGCAGACUGCUGCACACAAACAACACGCACACAACUUGUGCAUGCAACCAUCUGUCCAGCUAUGCUGUCCUCAUGACUUACCAGCAGCCAGUUUUUGGUGCCGGUGUAGAGGAGCUUCUGGUCUUUGUUGUUUCCUGGGUUGGCAUUGCUGUUGCUCUAGUGUGUUUGGCUACCUGCCUCAUCACCCUCUGCUGCCAGGGCGCACCGUGGCACACAGACCACAGCACCAUUCACUGCAACCUGUGGGCCAACCUGCUCAUUACUGAACUUAUCUUCCUCAUUGGUGCCAACAAGACUAAAUACACAGUUCUCUGCUCUAUUACUGCUGGGCUGCUGCACUUUUCGUUGCUUUCUGUUUUCUGCUGGUUGUGCCUGGAGGCGGUGGAGCUGUACCUUCUGCAGAGGGAGGUGUUCGAGGGACGUAAUUCAAGGAGAAAGUAUUUUUACCUCUGUGGUUACUCCGUGCCUGGGCUGGUGGUGGCUGUGUCUGCAGCCAUCGAUUUUAGAGGAUAUGGCUCAAAAACGGCGUGUUGGCUGCGCACGGAUAACUAUUUCAUCUGGAGUUUCCUCGGACCAGUAGCUGUGAUCAUUACGCUCAACCUGGUUGUUUUGGUGAUGACCUUACAUAAGAUGCACAGCACUGCUGCACUCAAGCCUGACUCCAGCCGCCACGACAACCUGCGGGCCUGGGCGGUGGGCUCUCUGACCCUUCUCUUCCUGCUGAGUGUCACCUGGUCGUCAGGCUUAAUGUUCCUGUCAGGUCCAUCUCUCCUGCUGGCUUAUCUCUUCUCCUCCCUCAACACAGCCCAGGCCCUCCUCAUCACCAUCCUCCACUGCACCCUCGCUAGGAAGGGUCAGAAGGAUUAUGGCCGAUGCCUGCGUCUCUCUCAGUGCUGUGCAACAUCCACAUCCAGCUCUCCAGACUCAGUGAAAGGUGCUGCUCUUCGCUCCAAUAGCCGCUACACAGGCAGCCAAAGUCGAAGAGCUACAGCAAACAGACAGAGUCGCAUCAGACGGAUGUGGAACGACACGGUUCGCAGGCAGACCGAGUCCUCUUUCAUCGCCGCAGAUGUUAACAACACUCCGACACUUAACAGAGCUGCUCUGGGAAACCAUUUUCUUACAAAUCAAAUGCUACAGACUCAUGCUGGAGCUUCUCCUUAUGACACAAUGCUGGCGCAGGGAUACAAUCAACCCUUCACUUCCACUGGAACCUUCAGAAACAAACAGAAGGGUGGAGUGUCACAGAGCCAGGAAUCCUGUGCAUUGGACAGUGUUUGUCUGAAUGGAGGCUACACCCCCAACACCUUCACCCUUCAUGGUCUGGGUACAACACCUGGGUCCCGAGCAGGAGUAGUGGGCAGUGCUGAUCUUCUGAGGGAGGGAGGGGUUGGACUUGGAGGGGAUGACAUCUCCCCUGGCCUCCUCACACCACACGGCUCGACAGAUAUGAACAGUGGAGCCGGAAUGCGUCGUAAUCUGUCUGACGCAGCAGCUCUGGAGAAGAUGAUCAUCUCAGAGCUGGUACAGAGCAAUCUGCGGCCAUCUGUCCCCAUGCCUGUUCCACCAGAGCGCUACGGGAGCCUGGCGAGGCCGCAUCACCACGAAAGGCCAGCUCUUACUCACACCGCUACUUUAACCCGCCACACACAGGCCUCACAAGAGGGCUGGUCUGCCACGGUGCAGCCAAGCUCCCAGAGGAAUGGACAAGAGGGCUGGGCACAUGCUAGGCAGACAACACAAGACAAUGAGACAAACGCCCCUACACGUGUUCAAGACCAUGCUACCACGCCUCGCUUACAAGAUGGCUGGUCACACGGGCGCAUUUCUGGGGAUUCGGACACCCAGGAGCUGCUGAAAGAUGGAGACCGCUCGCAGCUGCAAGGGACUCUGGGACGGCGUGGACACCAGGAAAGACUGCCGGCACGACCCCCAGAUGUUCAAGCUCGGCCUUACUCCACCCUUAGCCGCACCCCUGGCACUUUGUCCCGCCACCGCAGCACAGCAGAGUCGACUGGAGGCACAGAAAGAGACAGGGAGAGGGACAGGGAGCGAGACAGGGAUCGUUACCGAGACAGACCCCUCCCUCCACCUCCUCCUCCACCACCACAAGAGCCCGAGUCCUUAUACAAGGCUCUAGAAGAGCCAUUGCUUAUGAAGCAGAGAGAAGCAGUUGUAGAGGCUUGGAGAGGUGGCCAGGACAGGGAAAAAGAGGAGACAUUUCUUCUGAAAAGAGAUGGAAUGAAUGAUGACUGGAGAGGAGGAAGUGAGAGGGGGAGAGAUGAGCCUUUUACCUCUCAUAAGCGAGAUGGUGCGAUGGAUGAAUGGAGAGCUGGCAUUGAGAGGGGGAGGGAAGACUCUAAAAUGCUGGAGAAGAGAGAUGGACGACUGGAGCUGUGGAGGUCAGGGGAGACAGAGCAAGGAGAGACUUUUAUUACUCAGAAGAAAGAUUUUGGGAUGGAUGGUUGGAGAAGUGAGAUAGAGAGAGAGAAAGAUGAAUCCUUUUUCUUGAAGGACAGAGAUGGGUGGAGGGCAGGGAUCGAACGAGAGAGUGAGAAACAAAAGGACAGAGCACUGGAUGUUUGGAGAGGGGGGAUAGAUCUGGACAGGGAGGAGUCUUUCUCAUUUGAAAGCAAAGACGGAGGCCUCGACGGGAGGAUCAGAGGAAAAGACAGAGGGUCUCUCCGGUAUCAUGGCGAGCGACAGGAUUCAGACAGCUUCACCCUACCUUUGACUCCCGAUCUUGACUUGGACCCUGACUCCUCACCCAUCUACACCCGAGAUUCAAACCCUUCCCCUCUGUACCCUGGAGACCGCCGCUCGCCACCACUAAACAUCUUCUCGCGAAACUCUCCUCCUUCAAACAUCUUUUCUCAACGAGAGGACAAUUCACCUCCAGGCAACCUCUACUCCCGUCACUCUCCGCAGGUGUACAGCCGCAGUGGCUCCCCUCCCCGCUUUUACACCCGCACCUCCCCGCCGACUCACAUGUACCCAGACAGCAGCCCCGAAGGCCCGGAAGAAGUUAGCCCCACCAGUGGGCAUCAGCCCCAGCGGCCGACUCUGGAGCUGCCCUACAGCCUGGGGCGCCCUCCGCUGGGACCACGGCCCAAUCACCUUCAGACCUUCUACCAGCCCCCGCCAUUAGCUUCAAAUGGAGAGACAGGGUACUCGGCAGAACCCACCUCUGACGGAGACGACGGACAGAUGCAGCGGGUGACGAGCCUGUGACUAGGGCGGUGGUGAUUGGGGUUUAGACAACAGGGAGGAGAAGGAAGAUGGUGAUAAUUUCAACAAGUAAACAACACUUUGAAACUAAGACGCUUUAAAAAAUAACAAUGAUGGACAACUUUACCAAUUCUGUCAUUUACAUGAUGGCUCCUCCCUGCUUCUACACCCUGAUCACCACGAGACUCCCCCCCUUUCACCGUGUUUUUGUUACUUUUGUACGACUGUGAUCCAUUUAUAGCUGCUUCUCCUCCUGCCGCUCCCUCUUCUCUCUAUCUUCAAACCCUGUUGUGUCUUCCCGACUCAUUGGUGCUUUCCUCAAUCGGUCCAUGUCUCUACGUUUUGCUCCAUCGGCUGGGUGUUGCCCCUCCCUGUAGCAAACAGUGUGUCAAAGAAGCACUUGUGUGUUGCCAAAAAAAACCUUUCAAAGAACUCAUGCAUGACUUUAUAGUGGCUUUGCAAGGCUACAUACUGUAGGAGGACGCGCUGACGCGUACAUGCGAGUGAGUGUGCAUAGCUUGAUGAGCAUGCGUGUGUGUAAGGAUGUAUAUAUGUGCGUUUGAAAGAGAAAGUAUGUGUAUAUAAAUCAUUAUUGUAUAUUAAAUGUGUCAUGUUGAAGCAUUUUAUCAAACCAACUGGAGGAGCUCUCCUUCUCUUUUCUCCUCUGGAUUUUGACUCGACCCAUUUCACGUCAAGGCCAAAACUUUCACAGAGGCUCCACGAACGAUAAGUCGUUGACUGCAGAACCGGAGAUCGUGUAAAAUCUCAGAAAUUUUCUGCAACCCCUCCUGAGAUCCUUGUACAUAUCGACCUCAAGUGUUCUGAUUGUCUUGUAUUGCUAUUGAAGUUCAAGUAAACAUGUGAAAUAAAUGUUCAUGUUUUUUUGUUUGUGUGCGCAAAGACAGAUGACGGCAUUCAAAGAAGUGAUAAGAUUUUGUUAUUAUUGAAGGAGAAAUUAUGGUGUUCUUUUAAAAAAGCCUAAAAAAAUAUGAAGAAUUAGAAAACAUAGUUAUGUACAAUUUAAAAGUGGAUAAAUAAAUGCUACUUAAUACAUCUACUGUGAAUUCUGGGUCAGUUUGCCCCCUUUGCCAAUUCAUACCUUAAUGUUAUACCUAAUAGCUGUUAACACAACAUCCACUGGACCAUUUCAUAUCGGUUUAUUUCUUGGUAGUUUAAAAUGCUUGCAGUCAGGUUGUGAAAAUAGGGUCUGAUGGAACAAAACACUUUCAGUUUAAAAAGAUAUCUUGGAGGUUUAUGCAUACCAUUUUAACCUUUGACCACAGUGCAGAUUUAUUUACAAAGAAGCCAAGGAUUACAUAUAAAGAAAUAUAUUAUUGGUAGCAAUAACCUUCGUGUAACACAGCGGAAGAAAAUAACAUGAAAAACAUUUCUGAUCAGAGUUACUAUCUUCUAGAACAGUAUUCUACUGAAUAAAGCGUAAAAGUUCAUUUUGGUCAUUUCACCGCCACAAUUUUGAUUAAAGUUUAGUUUGUAGAAAUUGUUUGAUGCAGGAUGAUAAUUAGUGGUACACCACCUUUUACUUUCAUUUAGUAUAAAUAACAAUAAUAAUGACUAUGCCUUUGCAAAAGUUUGGUUACAUAACUUUCCAAUGCAGAUAAAACAACAGCUUAAAGGUGUUUGCAUUACCUAUAAUGAUGUUUUUUAAACAUUUUAAAUCAGAUAAUAAAA